CCUCAAAUGUUCCUCCUAUUCAGCACAGACAACAGCAAGCCAAGGGCAAUUUGCAAUUGAAGAGUUGGAAGCAACAUGGACACGCGUAAGAGGAAGAAGAAGGUCCUCUUGAUGGGCAAGAGUGGCUCAGGCAAAUCGUCGAUGCGUUCCAUCAUCUUCAGCAACUACGUCGCAAAGGACGUUCGCAGACUCGGCGCAACCAUUGACGUCGAACACAGCCAUGCAAAGUUCAUGGGCAAUCUGACGCUCAAUCUGUGGGAUUGUGGAGGGCAAGACGCAUUUAUGGACUCCUACCUUAACGCCCAGCGUGAAAACGUCUUCUCCGAUGCCGAAGUUCUCAUAUACGUUUUCGACAUCGAAUCCCGAGCAGUAGAUCAGGACCUCGAGACAUAUAGCCAGGUGAUCAAGGCGCUGAAAGAAUACAGUCCCAAUGCCCACGUCUUCUGCUUGGUUCACAAGAUGGACCUGGUACAGAGCGAACAUCGGGAGAGGAUAUAUGAAGAAAGAUGUCGGUUGAUCAUCGCCCGGUCGGAAGGUCUCAGCUUGGAGACCUUCGCGAGCAGCAUCUGGGAUCAGACACUCUACAAGGCCUGGGCGGGCAUAGUCCACAAGAUGAUCCCGAAUUUAGUGGUGAUUGAACGAUUUCUGUCAGCAUUCGCGAAACAACUUAAAGCCGAGGAGAUAGUCCUUUUCGAGAGAUCUACAUUUUUGACUGUGACGAACGUAGUCACACAGUAUGGCGAGGAUAACCCCACCGUUGACCGACAUGAGCGGAUAUCGAACAUCAUGAAGAGCUACAAACAUACAGCGGCACGAAACACCAGAACUACGGCGGCGAGUGCGGGUUUCUUGCUGUUCAAAGUUCAGACGCCGCGCUUCAAUUGCUUCCUGGCGAGAUUUACGGAGAACACUUACAUAUUUGUCGUCAUUCCCCCAGGUGAAGCAGCUUUUAACUGUGCGGUCUUGAACACGAUGAUGGCGAGGGACGCAUUUAGCAAGAAGACUGGCGUCGAAGGAUGACAUGACUCCUAUGGAAAGUGCGAUAGGCAAAUUAGAGUCACUCAGGGGCCAACUACUCUGUCCACAGCCACCCUUCAAGCCAGCCAAGAUCAAACUCGAGAACCGUACUUCCGAUGAUGGUCAGUCUCAGUACGAUUCAAGAAAACACAGACGGCGCUUCACACAGCUCGACGCGAACGUGCUUGUCUAUAGUACGGUUCGAUGGUGCACAGCAACUUCCGGACACCUGUUCUGUGCUGGCCGUUAUGGGAUGGAAGUACGCAGGGAAGCUAGCUCGAGGCCGACUAGGGAAUCCCUGUGUACGACGGGUUGGACAAGAUCUCUUGAUUUUGUCCGAAGCUCCGAGCAAAACGGAGCAGAACGCUCGCCUUGUUUCCGUAUAGUCUCCUGGCAAAUCCAUCGAGGAUAUGAACCGUUGGCUGUAUGGGUUCCCCAGCAAGAGAAGCGUCAUACAGUUGAACGGUGUCUGGCGCUACUCGGUGACGAGGAAGUUGAUUAGAAAACGGGCUUGCGUUGAGGAGGCACACUCUUGGGCGGAUGCCAUGUCAAAGGAAUGGAAUGUGUCUUGAGGUUAUGGUAUCCAGUCUUCAGACAAGCUGAAUAGCAGCUGGCGGCAGCAGCCUUUGUGGGCAUCGCGACGUGAAGGCUGGCUCACUGUAACAUGUAGUUGGGUGCAGCUACAGUAGAUAUCUCGACGCGGAGGCCGAACUGUCGUGCCUGUCCAGUGACCGGCACGCCAAGCAAUUCAAAGGCCGAGUUUCCCG